CAAGGGGAAAUAACUCACCAUGUAAACAUUUUCGUACGAGUUGGUUGUAACAUUUGACAACUCACACAAAACUACGAUUUUGUCAUUGCUCGCUCAACUUAACCACUCUAAAAAAUGUCAAAUGUCGAUGAUGACGAAGAUGAUUAUAUGUCAGACGCAUUUCUUAAACAAUGCAGCGACACAAGACCAGGGUUGCUGCCAGAACGCGUUGCCAAGAAGUUUGAGAAAGACAAAAAGAAGAAAGCGCUGAACAGUGUGCAUAGACAGAUGUACAAGCCUCGUGCAACCUUAGAGAAGGAGAAGAGAGAGGAGGGUCUGAAGGUGAACAUUGGCAGCGACAACAAGGGCUUUGCUAUGCUGCAGAAGAUGGGCUACAAACCUGGCAUGGCAAUUGGCAAAGCAGGUUCUGGUAGGAAAGAGCCAGUCCCCAUUCAGCUGAAGUUUGGCCGUGGUGGCCUGGGUCAAGAAGCUCAUCAGAAGAGGAAGCAGGAAGAGCAGAGGCUCAUGAGAGCCAGCAUGUUUGCCAAGAGACAGAAGAGGGACAGCAAACAGCGGACAGAGUUUGUCCAGAGGAUGGGAGGUCGCUUUGCAGAAAAAAGAGCAGAUGGAGAUCUCAGAAAAAGUCAGAAAGUCUGUGAACAGCUUGAUGCUGAAGCUGGUCUUACCAAGCCAUCAGAGUAUUUCUUUUGGCCAGCAGAAUUCCAUCCUAAAAACAAGGAAUUAAAAGCUGAGAAUGACAGACUGAACCAAGGAUUAUCUGACAUGGCUGGAGGUUACGACUCGGUUCUAGAUGAUGAUGAAGAUGAUAAGGACGAGGAAGAAGAGGAAGAUGAAGAAAAGAUGGAGUUGUUUACUGCUGCAGAGAUGUUGGAGAUUUUAACAUUGUACCUUAGGAAAACCUAUAAGUACUGUGUCUGGUGUGGAACUAGAUAUAAUGAUGCUGCCGAUCUAGCAUCCAACUGCCCUGGUGCCACAGCAGAAGCUCAUGAUGACUGAGACCUUGUCAUGCUAUGUCUGAAAUGAUGGGGCUUUGUUUUACAUGAUGCAGUAGGAUGCUAUCUGCUGGAUGACUGCAUGUCCUACUGCACACAAGUUUUUUCUGUGGACUUCAAGGAUUCAUAGGUUACAUUAAAGAAGAGAAUGACAGAAAGCAGCACUAAUCAUUAGUUAAUGAAAACCACAAGCACUUUUCAUAUAUUUGCUAAUCUAACAUCCAAUAAAUGUCAGUUGGUUCACAUUGUGAGAAAACCUGUCUACAUACUGAACAACAGUGGGCAUGAGUGGCCUUGUGAUAUGUGGGUUCAUAAAUACCUGUAAGAUUUCUCAUGCAGUGUUAAGCAAUGUUUACUCACUCACUCAUUGGUCUAUGACACUGCAACACCCUGUGCAGGGUUGUGUCCCUUGAUACCAGACCCAACUGGUUCAGGGUUUUCAGCAAGAUGUGCCCUCAUUACGGAUCUUGUCUCCUGACUGUCAGACAAUGAUAGUAGUAAUCGGUUCUGGUUUUCUUCAUUUGUUCCCAGAAUUAUCUGACCUAACUGAAAUACUGUUCACAGUAGUUUUAACUCAGAUCACUGUGUCUUUACACAGUAUUUUGUCCAUGUCAGUAUGGCAUGCAAGACGUCUAGAUAUAAAGACACUAGCCUGUGUGGGUAUGACAAGCAAGAUGUCAUGUUGUGGUGUGUGUGAAUGGAGGUUUGUGUCGCUGCAAUGUUUUACUGUGUCAAUAAGUGGAUGAGUAUGUGUGCCUGUGUAUGAGCGUGGAGUGAAAAUGCAGACAUGAAAUAAACAAUACAUGGUUGAAA